AUGCCACCCACGACUUGCAGCCGGUGUCAGACCAACAAGGCAGUUGUCAAGAGACCGAAAAAUCAUGACAAACUAUGCCGAGACUGUUUUAUUUCGGUUUUCGAACUCGAGGUUCAUCACACCAUCAUCUCAUCCAAGCUGUUCUACCCAGGCGAACGAGUGGCGAUAGGAGCAUCCGGCGGCAAAGAUUCCACCGUCUUGGCGUCAGUACUCAAGACACUGAACGAACGCCACAAGUACCAGCUGGAACUCGUUCUGCUAAGUAUAGACGAGGGCAUCAAAGGGUAUCGAGACGACUCCCUCGAAACGGUUAAGCGGAAUGCGACUCAGUAUGACAUGCCGCUAAAAAUCGUCGGAUACGAUGAGCUCUAUGGCUGGACCAUGGACCAGGUCGUGGAAACCAUUGGGAAAAAAAGAAACUGCACCUACUGUGGCGUGUUUCGUCGACAGGCUCUCGAUCGAGGCGCCAAUAUGCUCGGCAUCAAGCACGUUGUCACGGGACACAAUGCUGAUGAUGUAGCCGAGACGGUCCUGAUGAACCUCCUCCGAGGCGACGUACCUCGCUUGUCGCGUUGUACUAGCAUCGUGACGGGAAGUUCGUCUAGCGAGGUGAAGAGGAGCAAACCGCUCAAGUACGCAUACGAAAAGGAGAUUGUUCUCUACGCUCACCACAAGAAAUUGGACUACUUCAGUACUGAAUGCAUAUACAGCCCAGAAGCGUUCAGAGGAACGGCGAGGACCUUGAUAAAAAGCCUGGAGAGGGUUCGGCCCAGUUCCAUACUGGACAUUGUCAGAAGUGGUGAAGAUAUGGCCAGGCUGACACCAGACAAGGGGCAGCGCUCGUGUGAUUGCGAUGAAGGCGAGGGGAUGGGAGGCUGCGGGUCUGCCGAUGGGCGUUCGUCGGGCGGCGAAAUGGCUCAGAUGGAGGCCGCAUUCAAGAACCAGCCGAAAGUCGAGAGCCUUGAGAAGGAAAUUACGUCAAACGGCAAGCCAAAGGACGAUGGUUCUGUUAAGCUCCCUGUUCGGACUCGGAGGCGAGACGAGCAGACGCUUGGUCACUGCGUCAAGUGCGGGUACAUGUCGAGCCAACUCAUGUGCCAAGCAUGCAUGCUCUUGGAAGGGUUAAACAAGAACAGGGCAGAUAUCCCUAUUCUAUAA